AAUUGCAGACUUCUAUAUCAGUUUCGUACUACGAAUCAACGUGAUAACACAUCAAAUCUUUCAAAAAUGAAAUUCUUUGUCGUCCUCGCCUGCUUUUUGGCUGUCGCCUAUGCCAACGAAGAAGCCGAUGUCCUUCGUUCGGAGAGUGAAGUGAACCCAGACAGCUUCAAAUAUGCCUACGAUCUAUCCAACUCCAUCAAGGCUGAAGAAUCUGGUGUCUUGAGCGGUGAUGCUUUGGUCGCCAAGGGUCAGUACUCGUUCACCGCCCCCGAGGGCGAUCAGGUUUCUGUGCAAUACGUCGCUGAUGAAAACGGUUACCAAGUUGUGGCUGCCAACCCACCUCUACCAACCCCACCACCAAUCCCAGAGGCCAUCUUGAAAGCCAUCGCUUACAUCCAGGCUCACCCAUCCAAGGAAUAAAUAGAUAUUUUGUGCUUUUAAAAGUUGAUUGUUUCAUUUUUUAACCCUUUUCGAAUAAAUGUGUUCUAAGUCAUUAGUAUAACAAAAAA